AUGUCCCGGGCGCCUUACCACUUGUUUGUCGAUGUUGUCAAUUGCGGGAGCUCGACUCCCUACGCAGCCCUGUUUGCAACUACUCGCGCCCGUUCGCGUGCGUCUCGGAGUACGUCGUGUGACUACCAUUACUACGUCGCAGUCGGUAGAGCCCGUCACUCUUCGCCGCCAUCCUGCCCAUCCAACACGCCUCCCCGCGGCUCUGUCACAACCGCUGCCCCGGCCCAGUGCAGAAGAUCACUGGUGGUGCAUACCAUCACCCCGCGCACCAACAUGAUCGUGCUCGAUACGCCGCACAACCCGCUCCGCCACGUGUUCAUGCGCGUGGGGUUCGAGGCCGCCGCGCACCUCGCAGACGACCACGACCUGCUCGUCAAGUCGGACGAAGUCGUGCAUUCGCUACUUGUGCCCAUGCGCCGCGCUCCUCCACACUGAGAUGUCUGACCGCAGGAUCGGGGCGGGCUCAGCAGACAGUGCGUUAACUAUUCACGGCCCCCAUGAUGCGACGUCGCCCCGCACAGCGCAUUCGUACACUGCUGCCUUGUGGUAAUAUAACAAUCGCCAAUGAUAAUGCACCCUGCCCCGCAUCUGGAUCUCUAUCUCAACAAGCCAGACCUCUGCUUCGUUAUAGAUAACGAACAGCGAAAGUGCAUUGCUGGAUGAGUAUAUGAUGUGCGAAAGUGCCGUGAAACUUGUGCCUUGCGCACGCCGCGUGGUUUGCAGAAGUUGUCGAUCUUUGUACAGUAGUCUA